CGGUUGUUGCCUGGCCCUAUAUCCGGUGUCCGCCCGCCCUCGGCCCCGCUGCUGCCGCGAUGCUGUCCCUGUCCCGCUGCGUGUCCCGGGCGUUCAGCCGCUCGCUCGCUGCCUAUCAGAAGGGGAACUGCCCUCUAGGGAGACGUUCCCUGCCUGGAAUCUCCUUAUGUCAGGGACCAAGUUACCCUGAUAGCAGGAAGAUUGUCAUUAACAACAGUGGUGUCUUCAGUGUUCGCUUCUUCAGAACCACAGCUGUGUGCAAGGAUGAUGUGAUUACAGUUCAAACCCCAGCAUUUGCAGAAUCUGUCACAGAGGGAGAUGUCAGGUGGGAGAAAGCUGUUGGAGACACAGUUGCAGAAGAUGAAGUGGUUUGUGAGAUUGAAACUGACAAGACAUCUGUGCAGGUUCCAUCACCAGCAAAUGGUGUGAUCGAAGCUCUUUUGGUACCUGAUGGAGGAAAAGUUGAAGGAGGCACUCCUCUUUUCACACUCAGGAAAACUGGUGCUGCUCCUGCUAAAGCCAAACCAGCUGAAGCUCCUGCUGAGGCCCCAAAAGCAGAACCUGCAGCAUCAGCAGUUCCUUCUCCCCCUGUAGCACCCAUUCCCACUCAGAUGCCACCGGUACCCUCACCCUCACAAACUCCUUCUAGCAAACCAGUGUCUGCAGUAAAACCCACUGCUGUCCCUCCACUAGCUGAGCCAGGAGCUGGCAGAGGACUGCGUACAGAACAUCGGGAGAAAAUGAACAGGAUGCGUCAGCGCAUAGCUCAGCGUCUGAAGGAGGCCCAGAAUACAUGUGCAAUGCUGACUACUUUCAAUGAGAUUGACAUGAGUAACAUCCAGGAGAUGAGGGCUCGGCACAAGGAUGCUUUCCUGAAGAAACAUAGUCUCAAACUAGGCUUCAUGUCAGCAUUUGUGAAGGCCUCAGCCUUUGCUUUGCAGGAGCAACCUGUUGUAAAUGCAGUGAUUGAUGAUGCAACCAAAGAAGUGGUGUAUAGGGAUUACAUCGACAUCAGUGUUGCAGUGGCCACCCCACGGGGUCUUGUGGUUCCUGUCAUCAGGAAUGUGGAAAGUAUGAAUUAUGCAGAUAUUGAACGAACCAUCAGUGAACUGGGAGAGAAGGCCCGAAAGAAUGAGCUUGCCAUUGAAGAUAUGGAUGGUGGUACUUUCACCAUUAGCAAUGGAGGUGUUUUUGGUUCGCUUUUUGGAACACCCAUUAUCAACCCCCCUCAGUCUGCCAUCCUGGGCAUGCAUGGCAUCUUUGACAGGCCAGUGGCUGUGGGAGGCAAGGUUGAAGUGCGGCCUAUGAUGUAUGUGGCCCUGACAUACGACCACCGGCUGAUUGAUGGCAGAGAGGCUGUGACUUUCCUCCGCAAAAUCAAGGCAGCGGUAGAGGAUCCCAGAGUCCUUCUUCUGGACCUUUAGGAAGAAGCCACAUGCCCUACCAGUUGAUCAUGCAGGAACUGAAAAAUCAGUCUUCUCCCAGUCCCCUUGUGAGUCCCAGAUUAGCCUGGUAACAGGCAGGCACAUACUGUUGGCCUCAAGCAAGGAAACUAUGGCACGAUGUAACCAGCAGUUGCAGGCCUUUUCUUGAUGUUUCUGCCAGGCUCUCUCCCUCUGUAUGCCUUUCUUUUGCCUUCUAAUAUCUUGUAUCAUUAGGCUUGAGAAAGAGAGUGAGAAAGCCUAAAUGGAUGCUCAUUAAUAUUUCUGCCUUUCACCUCUGCAAAGACAAUUUUGUUUCUUCCUAGUGCCAGUGUACUAUAGGGAAGCCACCGGGGACCAUGUGAUUAAGUUUCUGUCUUUGGAAAGUCUGUUCUCCAGAGAUGCCUAGGAGGAUGCUGUACCUCCCAAGCUCAAAGCAGCCUCUGUCCUGGCUCUGCACUCUCAAUUGAUGGCACCUUUGUGGAGGUAUUAAACACGGGCAAAGAGGUGCUGCUUUGCUUCUUAAAUGCACUGUCAUUCUCAGCUGUCAGUGGCUUCAAGAUGCCUCGUCUACCUCUUCCAGGAAGCAUGGGGCAGAAGAUCUGGGGGUUUGGGGAGAGGGCAGAAUCCCCUGAGGUCACAUGUUGUUCACUGAUGAGAGAACCCAAGCCCGCCCUCAUACUCUGUCAUAGGCUCUCUCCAGGAAGAACCUCACUCAGCUGUGGUCAUGCCAACCUUUUCUAGGCUACUAGAACACAUUCUAGUACAUCAUGAUAGUGGGACAGAACCUGGCAAGUGGAGAUGUCUUCUAACUGGCUGAGAUUGAUUCAAGCUUUUAAAUUGAACUGGGUAUAAGCAUGUGGACUGAGGAAGUUGUUCUCUUCCUCCCCGACUUGUAGCCUAUAGGGAGCUGGGCCUUGUGCCUGCCCUGCAGGACACAGAUCUAGGGAGGAUGGACUAUGGUGGAACCAGCCUCAAGGUGUUGGCACAUGUGAAGAAAUGGCUGAUGUCUUCUCUAAGGUACUGCCCUUCGGUCCUGCACAAUCAUUGGAAUUCCUUGAAGCAUGGUUAAAUACAAAUAACUUGUCAAGAAGGCUACUAGGCUUCAUGGCUUUGUAUCCAACUGCACCAAGGCCUGACUCCUGACACCUGACAUGGGGCCAUCAGUUAGCGCAGAGUGCCCUUUUUAUCUUGAGCCAAGAAGCAGGGCUGGGGGAAGGACAAGUACUGAGUGCCUGCAGCAUCUACUACUAAGUCUUCACCAUUCAGAACUUGUAACUAAAAUAUUUAAAGGAACUGAAUUUGAAUGAAAAUUAAAGGGCAAAUGUUCUCAAACGGUUCCUGCAUCUGUUUCUU